CAUUAGCUUAUUUAUGAUAUUUUCACUUUAUACAGUCGCAUCAUUGUUAUUGGUAUCUGCGCAAGCUUCCAUAGUUCAAUUUAAUGUUAUAGCACCUGGCUCGAAAAUAGUCCAAGUGAAUAUUAAUGGAACGGUAACUUCACUUACCGCUUCCGUGCCCAAUGUUCCUUUUUAUACAGGUUCCGUUGAGAUUGGAACUUCCAGAUCCUAUAAAUACGUCUCGGACAACAAGACUGAAGCCUUCUCUCGUACUUUAAGCAAAGAAACAACCGCUACGUUCAACGAGUUCUUUGGGCGCCCCAUUACUUACGCUAAUAUCCCAGCUCUUCCUCGCCCUCUAGACAAUGGCAAACAGUGGACUCGUGGCGGAGAAGCCUCAGAACUUUUUGACACCAAUUACAUCCCUUCUAUCUUUGUACAGGGUGUACCAUCUGAAAUGAAUACACUUAUUACUCAAGUACCCAAGACGAAGCAUCUCGUUGAUAUCACAAUGAUCGGUAAAGAUUUUGUAAGAACCUUCAAGAAAGCCAAAUUAAGUAUAUCGGGCGCCGGAAAAAAACAUAACAACGCAAAACAAUCUUGGAGAUGGUCUCUUGCUCCUGGAGACUAUAUUGAUAAUCGGGAUACUUUCAAAAUUCGUCACAUGGAAGAAGAUCCUACCCAAAUGCGGGAGAAACUAUAUGCGGACUGUCUCCGUGCUAUGGGUACUUAUGCUAACGAGGCUAAUAUGGUUCGAUACUUUAUCAAUGGAGAGUCAUUUGGAACUUUUAAUUUACUUGAUGAUGUAACUAAGUAUUCUUAUAUUCGUGCCAUGUUUUAUAAUGGUAAUCCUCCCGCAAAAAUGGGACCUAUCUACGAUGGUGCCUCUGGUGCUAGUUUCGAAUAUUAUACGGAUCCAAGUGAAUAUUCUUCUUUCAAACCUAGUAAGGGAUCUCCUGAAGGUUAUGAGGCCAUCCAACCUUUGGCAAAAGCUAUCCGUAUGCUUAAUAUGACUGAUACCGCGGCUAUUGAUCGAUUUGAAAACACAUUUGGUAUUGACCAGUUCCUUCGAUUUAUGGUGAUGGAGUACCUUGGUGGAAGUUGGGAUGGUUACUGGCAAAUGCAGACUAAUGACGGAGCUUACAAAGAUUAUGCUAAUAACAAUACUUGGUAUUAUCUUGGUCAAGAUUAUGACGGUACUUUCGGUGUUAAUCUUGCUGUGGAUGUUAUCAACUACUCUUAUAAGAAUUACCCUGCCAAAAAUCCAAAUGCUGUAUUGAUUAACCGGCUCCUCACCAACAAGGACAUCGCUGCUAGAUUUGAAUCCUAUAUUACAGAUACUGUUAAGCAGCUCUUUAAUAAUGCCACCCUUGGAAAGCAUAUCAUGGCCUAUCGCAAAUUCAUUGCUCAUGAUUUAAAGUGGGACCGUUCUAUCAAACAAAGAUCACCUGGAAUCAACUAUGGCUGGGUCUUCAGUCAGUCCUAUGCUAAUUUAUUUGAAGAAGUAUCUUCACCUAACAAAAACGGUGGUGGGGCUGCUUAUGGUCUCACUGAAUGGAUCACCAAGAAGUCUCAGGUCGUUGCAAAAGACCUCAAAUUCACCUUGUAAAUUAUUACAAUAGCAUUUUUUUUUUACACUAUACCACUUUUACAUAAUUUUUUUUAUUCUUAAUGUACCAC